AGUCUGAAAAAUCAACAAUAAAACAAGAGUCUCUAUCCAUCCAUCCAUCUUCAAAAGAAAAGCUGCUUCCUUAGUUUUUAAUUAUCCUAAGAAGUUCGUCAAUGGUGACUGUUCUCUUUGCCAACCUAUCACAAUGUUAAAAAAAUUCACUCCCUCGAUCCUCAACUCAACCACUAUUAUUAUAUUACUCCACUAUACUAUGUUUUGAUUACAUAUAUAUACAGUAAUAGAGAUUGUCUUUUAUUUAUUUAUAAGUGUGAAGUUUUUGUUCUUUUGAAAAUCAAGUGAUUCUCUCUCUCUCUCUCUCUCUCUCUCUCUCUCUUGUGUACCCUAUAAUCAUAAUCAUCAUGACCAAAGGAAACUUGGGCCUCGGUCUCAAACUCUCUGUUCCUGCAACUGAUCAAGCUGCUUUUGCCAAGUUUCUGACUGAAAGUGGAACGUUUAAGGAUGGAGAUCUGCUUGUUAACAGAGAUGGAGUUCGAAUUGUCUCUCAAAGUGAAGUUGAAGCUCCACCCCCAAUCAAGGCAACAGACGACCAGUUAAGUUUGGCGGACAUAGACGCAGUGAAAGUCGUUGGGAAGGGAAAUGGAGGGGUGGUGCAAUUGGUGCAACACAAAUGGACUAAUCAGUUUUUCGCAUUAAAGGUAAUUCAAAUGAAUAUUGAAGAGUCCGUGCGCAAGCAGAUAGCUAAAGAGCUGAAAAUUAAUCAAGCAGCACAAUGUCCCUAUGUUGUUGUCUGCUACCAAUCAUUCUAUGACAAUGGUGUCAUAUCAAUCAUCUUAGAGUACAUGGAUGGAGGUUCCUUGGCUGAUCUUCUGAAGAAAGUUAAAACAAUUCCGGAACGUUAUCUUUCUGCCAUCUGCAAGCAGGUGCUGAUGGGUUUAAUAUAUCUUCACCACGAAAGAUAUAUUAUCCACAGAGACUUGAAACCUUCUAAUCUGUUGAUUAAUCAUAUAGGCGAAGUAAAGAUUACUGAUUUUGGUGUUAGUGCAAUUAUGGAAAGUACAUCUGGUCAAGCAAAUACUUUCAUUGGCACAUGCAACUAUAUGUCUCCGGAGAGAAUCAACGGAAGCCAACAUGGCUACAACUACAAAAGUGAUAUAUGGAGUUUGGGACUAAUAUUGCUUGAGUGUGCUAUGGGGCGGUUUCCAUAUACACCACCUGAUCAAAGUGAAAAAUGGGAAAGUAUAUUUGACCUUAUUGAAACUAUUGUCGACAAACCUCCUCCUACUGCUCCAUCUGAACAAUUCUCUACAGAAUUUUGCUCAUUUAUCUCUGCAUGUCUACAGAAAAACCCGGCGGAUAGACUGUCGGCUCAGGAACUUAUGAGACUUCCUUUCAUCAGCAUGUAUGAUGACUUGCAUGUGGAUCUUUCAUCUUACUUCUCCAAUGCAGGAUCUCCACUCGCAACCUUAUAAAAUAUUACUGCUGCUUGGCGCUUGCAUAUGGGUCGCAUUUGCAGAUGAGUCGGAUAAACCAGCCCCUAUAGUUAUGCCGAAGAUACUGUAUUCUGUUGUUUAGUGAUUGAGUUCAAUAACUUGUGAGAAACUCAUAGAUGCAAAGUUAAAGGAAUUGCCAUGAUUGGAACUUUGUGAAGGAUUUUAAUGAUGAACAUUGAGUAUUAUUUAAGGCCACUUGCAGCAAAAUGCUUGAAAUUUUAUGAUUGCAACAGAACUUACCCCUAGGAUUUGCCUAAGAUGCAGAGAAUAUUAUCUGUUGUACAAAUUUAUAAUUAUUGAGUUACAAGUUUUUUCA